CAUUUUCCGAAAAAGAAACCAAACAUACAUAGGGUUAGGGUUUGGUUUGGUAUCAAUCACUUCCACACUAUAAAGGGCUUCCGUCUUUUCAGUCUGUCUGUCUUCUUUCUCGCUCCCGUAGAAAAUUGCACAGCCGAAGCUACAGAGAGAGAGAGAGAGAGAGCGAGCUAAUCAGCGAAAAUGGAGCAGACUUUUAUCAUGAUCAAACCCGAUGGCGUCCAGCGAGGCUUGGUUGGUGAGAUUAUUUGCCGAUUUGAGAAGAAGGGUUUCUCGUUGAAAGGUUUGAAGCUUAUGAAUGUGGAGAGGUCUUUUGCCGAGAAGCACUAUGAGGAUUUGUCAGCAAAGCCAUUCUUCAAUGGCCUGGUUGAGUAUAUUGUCUCUGGUUCUGUGGUUGCCAUGGUAUGGGAAGGUAAAGAUGUGGUUGCCACGGGACGGAAGAUUAUUGGUGCCACUAACCCAUCAGAGUCGGCUCCUGGCACAAUCCGUGGUGAUUUUGCUGUUGAGAUUGGCAGGAAUGUCAUUCAUGGAAGUGAUUCGGUUGAGAGUGCUAGGAAAGAGAUUGCAUUGUGGUUCCCUGAUGGCACUGUAAACUGGCAGAGUAGCCUUCAUCCAUGGAUCUAUGAGUAAAAUCCCCAUCGUGCUUCGGUUGGUGGUGGAAAAUUUGACCUGCAGUUUCUAAAUUAUUCUACUUUAUGGUUGUAGUGUAUAUUGUGAUUCAGUUGUUGAUUUGAGUUUUAAUAGACUUGGUGGUAUGGUAUGUUGCUAGCAUUUGUGGAGGAACGUCAGCUUGUUUUCAGUUAUUGCUAAUUUUAUAUAGUAAUUGGCAUGAGUUGUGGUGAUGAUGAUAUCA